UGGGUAUCCUGUUAGAAGCCUGAAGGCUGGAGAGUAUUAUAAUUUUGAGUUGAAGUGGUACUUUGGUUGCAUUCAAGCGUGGAGACGUACGUCAUAUGCAUAAGAAGACGCGAUCUAUCAUGAUCAAACAAAGUUUGGCAGACCAUAACGGGAACUGUCGCUCCAGCUUAAUACAACACAAUCAAUAUUGUUUUCGUCAAACUGUUUUCGAUAGUUUAAAAGGUAACUGAACAAAGUUGAAACCAGUCUAGUAAACUCAGUCUUAGUUUGGCCUGUACUUACUCACACUCAUUAAUGUACUUUGGGCGACGAAAAAUCCCGUUACGGUUUGGCAAACUUCAAAUGAUUGAUGUCCAGUCAUGCCAUGCUAAUAACAUUGUUAGAUCGUGUUUUUAUUCAAUAUGUCUAUGCUAGGAAAUGAAUGCUAUACCAGAAUGCCUCAAGAAGGGGUAUCGUAAAACUUCUCUUUUGAAACGCUGUACGCGCGAAGGAUCUGAAAUCUUGGUUGACAAGAAAAUGAACUCCGAAGAGCUUGAUAAAGUGAAAGACAGUGUAAAGAACUACUAUGGUAAAAUACUUAAGACUUCAGACGACAUUCAGUCGAACGCCAGCAAGAUCGACGAGUUUAGUGGGAUGACUUCCGCUGUCAAGAGCGCUUUGAAGCUCAUACACGAGGAGGUAUCCAACAAGUUUUAUGGAUGUGGCUUAGCAGUCCCAGAAGCCCUUGAGGGUAUGCACAUCCUGGACCUUGGCAGUGGAUCAGGACAGGACUGUUUUGUUCUUAGUAAACUUGUUGGUGAAAAUGGUCAUGUGACUGGAGUGGAUAUGACUAAAGAACAGGUGGAUAUUGCUAACAAGUAUGUCGAUUAUCAUGCCAAGCAGUUUGGAUAUUCCAAGCCCAAUACUGAGUUUAAACUUGGUGAAAUGGAACGACUGUCUGAUGUAGGCAUACAGGACAAUUCUGUGGACAUAAUAAUCUCAAACUGUGUUGUUAACCUGACUGCUGACAAAAAAGUUGUUCUUAAAGAAGCCUACCGAGUUCUUAAGGAUGGAGGUGAAAUUUUCUUCAGUGAUGUUUACACAGACACAAAACUAUGCGAAGAAGCGAAAAAUGAUGAAGUGCUUUGGGGCGAGGGUGUUGCAGGAGCUUUACACUGGAAGGAAUUGGUUGAGCUCUGUAAAGAAGUGGGAUUCUGUGGACCUCAUUUGGUGACUGCAAGACCAUUUGUAAUUAAGCCAGAACUUCGUGCAAGAAGACCAUUGGGGGAUGCAAAGUUUGUAGCCGCGACUUAUCGUUUGUUAAAAAUCCCGCAAGUCAACAAGACAGAUGGGUCCAGAGUGACCUACAAAGGUUCCAUGGAAGACAAUCCAGAUGAAUUCAAGUUGAACGUUCACAAUGUAUUCACGAAGACGCCGAAGAUUGUUUCUGUUGGAGUGGCAAGCCUCCUUCGUGCGUCUCGUUUCUCGAAGCAUUUUGAAUUCCAUCCGUUGGAGCCUGGAACCGUCGCACCCGCUGAUGAUGUUGUCAGUGAGGCGGACCCAUUUGCUUAUUGCGAGUCAAACGAUGUCGCUCCUGCGGCAUGCUGCGCUAAGCCGGCUAAACAGGAAAGUUUCUGUGCCAAACCUGUUGAGCAGGAAAAUGGCUUUUGUCCGAAACGAGCGAAGACAGAUUGAGAAGAUCGUUGUUGCUAAACGUCAAAUUUGACAUUUGAAGAGUAUCUGUUACAAUUUGGCAGUAUAGAAGGAAAAAAGCUCAGAAGUUCAGUAGCGUUUGUGUGUAGUAUUAGAUCCUGUCCAGUGCCAGUAUGAUAUGUAGCUUCCAUUAGUAAAUGAAUGGCUGAUCAGUGAACACAUAUAAUAAUAUGUGCGCAAGAUACUUUUCUCCUCAUAUCACUUUGAGUUUGCCUUCGUCCAGUUUAUACACGUUCUUCAGUCUUAACUUUAAAGUUAAACGUAGCGUUUUAUCAUGCUUCCCAAAAUUUUAGUUUGUCUUGUGCUAGUUUCGUGUUCGUCAACGUCUUAAGACACUAAAUUUGUCUAAACAGUUAAACCCGAUAACGUUAGUUCGUCUUGUGUUAGCUAGUCUCGUGACCACCCAUAGCUGUGCAACACUCAGGGUCAGCCCACACAUAACUUUCCUUGUAUGGUAGUUUUGUUGCUUGAUUUUUUUUCUUGUUACGUUUAGCUUUUAACAGCUGUGUUUCGAUUUUCCUUGGUUGAAACCUCCACGAAUAUUUUUAUUUAUGGUUAGAUUUCGUUUAGCAAUGGUCUUUCUCAUUGUUUUUUUUUGGGUCAACGUUGUUUGUUUUCCUAAGUCUGCUAAGUGUCGUUUGUGUGUCAGUGUGGUGUUUGUCUAAGUGAAACACUCCUUAGGGAGAUCUCCGUUUGGCGUUUCCACCGUGAAGGCAUUAAGCUGGAAACCUUAAGGCUUGAAGUGAUAGUCGAAAUAAAACUUUGAAGAAUAAAUUCACGGUAUGAGAGACUCUUUGUACCUCUUAGCAUUAGCAGGCCUUGGCAGUACUCGAACUGUCCAACAUGUAUCGAUAACAGACUGAUUUUAAGGUAAAAAAUAGUUUUUAUGACCUUGCCUUU